GUGUCUGCUGCCGAGCCCUGACAGGGGGCUGGGACAGUGACACGGUACAGCUGGUGUCCCACCGCUGUGAAGGAUGGCAGCGGCAAGCUGGUACCACCGGGACAUCAGCCGGGUGGUGGCAGAGGAGCUGCUGGCCAAGGCUGGGCGGGAUGGCUGCUUCCUGGUGCGGGACAGCGAGUCUGUCUCUGGGGCAUAUGCCCUCUGUCUUCUGUUCCAGCGGCAUGUUCACACCUACCGCAUCCUCCCGGAUGACGAGGGGCUGCUCUCUGUCCAGACCAUUCAGGGCAUCCAGGCCAAGUGCUUCCGAACCCUCCCCGACCUGAUCGGUGCCUACCAGCAGCCCAACAACGGGCUGGUGACGCCGCUGCUCUACCCCGUGCACCGGGCGAGGCAGGCGGCCGACGAGGACUCGGAUGGGGAGGACGGCCGAGCCGGUGGGCACGUGGCAAGCACAGUCCUGGCUGGCGCAGCCGGCGUGGGCAUGUGGCUCGGUGCUCCCGCGGCCAGCCGGACCCACAUCUCGCAGCAGCUGCACCAGAGGCUGCAGGAGCAGGUCCACAGCAGCCCAGCCAGUGACUUCAUGGGCUUCAUGGCCGAGUACCUGAACCACCACCUGCAGCUGGACCUGGAGGCGCUUCGCCACGGGCACCCGCAGCUGCGGCACCUCAGCACCGCACUCGCCACUGCUUGCCGGGCGCUGCACAGUGAGAUUGACUUCACGCUGGCAGGGCUGGAGACUCUGGCCAGGGUGUUUGACCCCCCUGCAUCCCCUCGGAGCCCAGUCAGGGAGCAGGGUCUCCUAACCAGCGAUCCAGACCUUGAGCUGCUCCUCAACAAGAUAUCUGCUGUCAACCAUCUCCUCUCUUCUCUGGAGAAAAAGGUGCUGAAGUCGCUGCAGGAGACCGUGUCCAGGCACAACCUGGUACUGCCCAGUGUGGCAGCAGCCCCUCCACCGACUGCCAAGCCCUUGGCUAUGCAGAGCUUCGAGGUGAAGGUGGGCAAGUCGCAGCGGGCAGCCCUGAGGGUGGAUGUGGAGGCAGGCACUGUGGCCAUCAGCAAGAAGGGCAGCGGGCCCCCGGAGGAGACUAUCCCACAGGACAGAAUCCUGCAGCUGAUCAAAUACCAGAGUGUGCAAAGCAAGGUGAGGCUGGUGUACAGCCGGGAGCUGCAGAAGAGCCUCAGCAGAGACUUUGUCUUCACCAGUGCACGGAAGCGAGAGGCCUUCUGCCAGCUGCUGCAGCUGAUGAGGAUCCAGCACUCCAACCUGGACGAGCCUGAGCUCAUCUCGGUGUACGUGGGGACAUGGAACAUGGGCAGCACACCCCCACCCCGCUCCCUCGCCUCCUGGCUGACCUCCAGGGGCCUGGGGCACACGCAGGACGAGACCACCACCUGCAUCCCCCAUGACAUCUACGUCAUCGGCACCCAGGAGAACUCCCUGGGCGACCGCGAGUGGGUGGAGUUCCUCCGUGCCUCUCUGAAGACCCUGAUGGCCAUCGACUACCGAGUGGUAAGGGCGGGGAGCAGCCUGCGCCCCUCCGCCCGUGCCUGGGGCGCCCCCCGCUGCUGGCCAGGCUGAAGACGUCCCCCAGCAGCCUCAGGGAGCUGCUUACCAUCAGCCAUCACCCAACAGCUCUUACCCCCAAGCCUAAGGUCCUCUCCCAACUUCACAUUCAGCCCAGAGAGCCUCCUGUGCACCAUGCAGGGAGUGCCCUGCCCAGCAGGCACCAUUCAGGGAGGGGUUGGCUGAGUUUGCUGCUUCUCCCUGCUCGCCGUGCUUGGCUGUGGGGUGUUGCAGGCAGACUCAUUCCUUGUCCUCCUGCAGGUCGCCCUGCAGUGCCUUUGGAGCAUCAAGAUCGUGGUGCUGGUGAAGCCUGAGCACGAGCGGCGCAUCAGCCACGUCCACACCUCCAGCGUGAAAACUGGCAUCGCCAACACCCUGGGGAACAAGGGAGCUGUGGGUGUUUCCUUCCUCUUCAACGGGACCUCCUUUGGCUUUGUCAACUGCCACCUGGCCUCUGGCAGCGAGAAGACCCACAGACGCAACCAGAACUACAGCGACAUCCUGCGCUCCCUGGUGCUGGGUGACAAGCAGCUGGGGGGCUUCGACCUCACCCUGCGCUUCACUCACCUCUUCUGGUUUGGGGACCUCAACUACCGCCUGGACAUGGACGUGCAGGACAUCCUUGCCCAUAUAACCAAGAAGGAGUUUGAAGCCCUGCUGGCUGUUGACCAGCUGAACCUGGAGAGGGAGAAGAACAAAGUGUUCCUGCGGUUCAGUGAGGGUGACAUCUCCUUCCCACCCACAUACCGAUACGAGCGAGGCUCCCGGGACAGCUACAUGUGGCAGAAGUUCAAACCCACAGGGGUGAGGCUCAGUGUCCCCUCGUGGUGUGACCGCAUCCUGUGGAAGUCACACCCGGAGACCCACGUGGUCUGUAACUCCUACGGCUGCACUGAUGACAUUGUGACCAGUGACCACUCACCUGUCUUCGCCACCUUUGAGGUGGGAGUGACGUCGCAGUUUGUGCCGAAGAAGCCUCCUGGAUCCGAAUCUGGCCCCGAGCCCCUGGCCUGCAUCGAGUGGGAGAGCGUGGAGGUGAUUGUGAAAACCACCAGCCGCAGCAAGUGCUACAUUGAGUUUCACUCCUACUGCCUGGAGGAGGCUCAGCGGAGCGGGGAGAACACCUCCCAGAGCUGUGACAUUCCUGGCUUCCUCAAGCUGGGCUGGGCUGCAAAGCAUCUGCCUGUGCUGAACCCCAUCCUGCCAGACCUGGAGUACCUGGGGGACCAGCACCUGCUCCUCAGCAUCAAGGGCGUGGAGAGCUGCGAGUCCUAUGGCGAGUGCUGCAUCGCCAUGAGGUCCAUGAUCGGCAGCAUGGCCCAGCAGUUCGAGACCUUCCUCUUCCACCGUGGCGAGGAGACGGGCUCCAUCCGCGGCUGGAUGAAGGUCCGGGUCCCCAAGGACAGGCGCAGCACCCGGGAGAGGCUCUACGAGUGGAUCAGCUUCGAGGAGGAGGAUGCUGAGCCGGCAGCAGACAGCCCAACGUGCCCCAAGCCACCCCCGCAGCACCCCAGGAGCCGUCCCCGCAGCCUCCCUGAGCCAGCUGCUGGCUACACCAACCCAGCCUACUUCAUCUUUGAGGGCAUCCCCAGCACCAGGGUGCCAGGCCCUGGUGCCGGCGAUGCCCACGACAAGCGGGCAGAGAGCCCGGCCAGGGGCCAGCAGCACUUGAGCCCCUUUGGAGCAAGGGUCCCUUCACCCUCAGAAGAGCAGGGUGGUGGCCAGCCCCACUGUGUGCCAGGGCACUUAUCCCAUGGGCAUCUGCUCAGCCCCCCUGGUGUGGGCCAGCAGAAGAGACCCAAAUCAGCCAUCCUGGCGAGGGACACAGCAGGGCUGGGGGACUGCUCGCUGACAGCGCUGCACAUGGCCACCUACCUGAGCCAGCUGGACCAGCUGUCACCAGGUGAUGGAGGGGCCGGCCAGAAGACUCCGCUGUGCCAGACCCACAGCGCCCUGGAGCCACCCCUGCAGCCCUGCCGGGAGGUACCGAGGCGUCCGCUGGAUGCUCGCCAGCGUGGCCACCCUGGAGAGUGGCCCUGUGACAGGAGUGAGUGGUCCCGGGAUGUCAGCAGGUGCGUGGGCAACCUCGGCUCGCAGCAGAAUGAGGAAGGGCUGCAAAAGCAUGGCUGGGACCACCUGGAGACCUUCAGCAAGCCCGGCGAGGGCACCGCAGUGAGCCUGCCACGGAGACCUGACCUCGGACCCAGCACCUAA